AUGGGAAACUACGAACCUAGUACAAGAAGGACGACAGCGGACGAGAGUGACAUUAUUUUAGUUUUCUGUCCUAUUGUUUCUCGAGCUGGAACUGACAUUGAAGCAGCACUGAACAAUUUAGUUUACUCUACAGGUUCUCAGCUAACUGUUCUAGUGGUGCUUCAUCACACGUUUGACCCAGAGAAAAUACUCCCAGACAGCAGCAGAUGUGUCAACAGGACAGACAUACUCACAGUGGACUGUCUGUUCUAUGAGGAUACAGGAUUACUGAAGUGUCAGAAGAAUUCAGAUGCAGUUGACAAAGUUGUGAACUGGUUAUUACAGCAGGUGAGGAAAACAGGUGUCAACAUCUUUCCACGUCAGAGAGAGAAAAUGGAGACUGAAAUCAACAGUAAAGAGAAAAUGGAGACUGAAAUCAACAAUGACUUUCAGAUAGUUUUCUCUGAAGAAUCUCAAUCAGAUUCCACCAUUCGGUAUCACCUAUCUCCUGAAAUCAGUGCUGUCGAUAUGGAGAUCAGAUGGUUUAAGGAAACAGAAUGUGUGUGUUUCUAUAAGAACACACGGUUGAUAGAGGGGGAGAGUUAUAAAGGCAUAAUGAGGCUAUGCAUUGAGGAGCUGGAGAGAGGAAUUGUGUCCUUACAGCUGAAGAAUGUCAGAGAAUCAUAUGUUGGUGAUUACCUGUGUCAGGUCACCAGAGGAAACAGGACAGCGGAGAUAUCAAUAAGGAAAUCAUUAAAGACCAAUGAUGAAGUGCCUCAAAAAACAACCAAAUGGUGUAGACAGAUCGACAAAAUAUGGACUGAUGAGGAGAGAAUAAAAUGGCAAAUUCUGCAUUAUUGGCAGUUUUCAACAGGCUAGAAAAAACAGAUGCACCAAAGGAAGAUCUUCAGGGUGUCAAUGAGAUGGAAACCAGUACCUGUAAAUGGGAGGAACAGGAAGCACAUCUGGUUGAUCAACAACCGG